UUCUGUGAGCAGCUUAGUCCCUUCCUUCAUACAUUCGACAUCUCCCUCCCUCCCCCCCUGUUCCGCUCGUUCUCGUCCUUCUGCUGCUGCUUGCGACCAGGAUCUCGAAGCAAUUAUCCCCUUGAGUUGAUGAGUGCUGCGAAUUUCGAGUUAGAGGUAGAGUGUGUGUGAUUGUUCGCAAUGGCAGCAGGUGCUUGCCAGAUGACAUCUCCUAAGGCAGCCCAGAGCUACAGGGUUGCCCUAGACCACCUGCCCGUGCGCGGUGGUUGCAGGACCGCUGUAAGUUGCGCUUCCUUGGGAGCUAGGUGUGAAGCGGUUGCCACUCUUGGCGCGAGGUUGCGCGUCACCGGAGGUCACCGGUGGCGACACAAGAGCAGUAGCAUUCCCAAAUUUUUCGUCAGUGCAGCUGUUGAGGAAGCCGUGUCUGCUAGCCAAGCCGAUUCCGGUGCGCUUGCAGAGAGUUUGUCAAUGUUCUUCAAGGCUGAAGGAUCACUGAACGAGAACGCCAUCCCAAAACUCACCAAAACACUUGAGGGAACCGAGGGUGUGAGCCAAGUGAAGGUGUAUGUCGUAGAAGGUGCUGCUACAGUUGAGUUAGUCAAGCAGACCAACAUUCAAGAAACAGGUGUUGCUUCAAGUUUGGUACAACUCAUUGAGCAGGCAGGAUUUAAGAUGCAAGCGCUAAGCUUAGGCUUUGAUGACGAAGGCGCCGAUGAUGACGAGUACAUAGACUACGACGUAUCUUCCAACACUGAAGAGGAAGCCACCACAUAGUAGGUGAUGAUCAGUUAACCUUUUUUUGUUUCUUUUUAGUGACAUUUUCUUUAGUUUUUUUUUGUAGAAAAUAAAUAUUCUUCCUCAGUUUUGAAAAAGUGGUAAAUGCGCUACUAUUAAGCUGAGAAGGAAUUCAGAGAGUAUGCAUUUUAUCUCCCUUUAGUGGUCGAAUUUAGAUUCAAGGCACCUGGUAUGCAAAGCAUCAGUGAAAAGUAUGGUUCAUUUCACACCUACAACGUGACCAUUGCACGUUAAUUGUCAAUUUGGUGAGGUUGAGAACUGCUCAUGUGGAUAGCGGAAUUAGGAUUAAGGUCGAAUGUGCAGAUUGUGACGGCUUAGCAGCAGCUCUCAUUUCAAAAUCAUUUGUCGCUAAUGUUUUUCAUUCUAUCAUUACUUUUUAAUAUUC